GUUCACAGUUUACUAAUUAAAUUAACCUAUUAUUACUGGGCUAUUCUGUAACCAUGCUUUCGUUUACCUUCGGCCUGUGCUUCGGCAAAUACAAGGCAUCCUUCGACUACACUCGGGCAUUCAUGCACGCGCACGCACUUCCACCUUCCCAAAAAUCAAAUCAAAACAAAAUCGAAUCAGCUGUCAUAGCUGUCAGUCGUGUAGUGUGCAUGCCAAUUACUAUUCUAGAAUAAAAAUAUAUUUUUUUCUAUGUUUUCACCGAUUACAUAAAGCGGUGUACGAGCAUGAUGCGCGUUUUCGGAUAGAGAAACAUGGUUUUCUCCCGGGCCGUGCAACAUUCUUCGGUACUGCACAAAAUAUUUCGGAGAAUAACCUUUACAAGCGGCGAUCUACGCGUAAUAAAUGCUUCUUCGACCUCCAGUUUUUCCACUGAAUAUUUGGAAAAGGAAAGAUUCCUGCUGUCUGGACAUUGCAUUAGGUCAGUUUGCUGUGCAAGGACAAUGGCCUCAGAUGCAGGAUACUCAAAGAGCCAUCCUAAGACAAACAGAUUGAUAUCAGAAAAGUCUCCAUACUUGCUGCAACAUGCUACUAACCCAGUGGACUGGUAUCCAUGGGGACAAGAAGCCUUUGAUAAGGCGAAGGCUGAAGAUAAGCUGAUUUUCCUUUCUGUUGGUUAUUCGACCUGCCAUUGGUGCCAUGUAAUGGAAAAAGAAUCAUUCGAGAACGAAUCAGUGGCAGAAAUAAUGAACCGAUACUUCGUAAACAUCAAGGUAGAUCGCGAAGAAAGACCCGACGUGGACAAGCUGUACAUGUCCUUCAUCCAAGCCACUAUAGGUAGUGGGGGGUGGCCUAUGUCCGUCUUCCUUACCCCGGACCUCCAACCCAUAGCGGGAGGCACCUAUUUCCCCCCUGAAGACAGAUCCGGAAUGCCAGGAUUCAUGUCUGUGCUGGAGAACAUCGCUGAGAAGUGGAAUCAUAAGAAAGAUGUCAUGCGGCAGUCAGGGAAGUACUCCUUGACGAUUUUGAAGAAGGUUGCUGAGAAAGAGAGCAACGAACAGACUGUAAAGGUGCCUGGUGAAGACGUCUGGAAGAAAUGCCUGUUGCAGUUCACCAGAAAUUACGAAGAAGACUUUGGGGGUUUCAGCAGUGCUCCGAAGUUUCCGCAACCGGUUAGCUUCAACUUCCUAUUCCAUAUGUACUCCAGGAACAAAAAGUCCGAACAAGGCUUCAUGUGUCUGCAGAUGUGCCUGCAUACUUUGACCAAAAUGGCGUAUGGCGGAAUACAUGAUCAUGUAAAUUGUGGAUUUGCUAGAUAUUCAGUGGACGAUCGCUGGCACGUGCCGCACUUCGAGAAGAUGCUGUACGACCAAGCGCAGCUCGCUGUCUCAUACUGCGAUGCAUACGUCCUUACCAAGGAUGCAUUUUACGCUAAGGUCGUUCGCGACAUCCUCACCUACGUGUCACGUGACCUCAGUCAUCCGCGAGGGGGCUUCUACGGAGCGCAGGACGCCGAUUCGUAUCCGUACCACGGGGCUCCGCAUAAGAUGGAAGGAGCAUUUUGCGUUUGGGAGUUUGGGGAGAUUGAAGACUUGUUAGCCGGGAAGGAGACGGACGGGAUCAAGCAUUUUGAUUUGUUUGUGCAUCACUAUAAUCUGAAGGAAGAGGGGAAUGUGAAGCCACGCCAAGACCCGCACGGCGAACUUCGCAAAAAGAACGUUUUGGUGUGUUUCGGUUCGUACGAGAGAACCGCGAAUGCCUUCAAUACGAUCGAAGACAAAGUGGAGCAGAUCCUGAAAGAGUGCCACGCCAUUUUGUAUGAAGAACGCCAGAAAAGACCGGCUCCAGAUACCGACACUAAGAUUGUCACUUCCUGGAACGGCCUGAUGAUCUCAGGUUAUGCGAAGGCGGGUUUCGCGCUGAAAGAUCAAGCUUACAUAGAUCGGGCGAUCCGCGCGGCUGAUUUCAUACGGACUUACUUGUGGAGGGAAAAGGACAAGACUUUGAUGAGAUGCUGUUAUAAGGGGGAAGGAUUCGAUGAGGUUGACGUGCCGUCGAACCCAGUUCCAGGGUUCCUGGAUGAUCACGCAUUCCUCAUUCGUGGUCUACUGGACCUUUACGAAGCUUCUUUGAAUGCCGAUUGGUUACAGUGGGCGGAAACCCUUCAGGAGCAACAAGAUCUGAAGUUCUGGGAUUCAAAGGCGCAUGGAUACUUUACCAGUCCCGAGGGUGAUUCUUCUAUUCUCAUCAGGGGCAAAGAGGAUCAAGAUGGAGCUGAGCCGUGCGGCAACUCAGUAGCUGUCCACAACCUGAUCAGAUUGUCUGCCUAUUUGGACAGGCAGGAUCUGCGCGAUAAGGCUACCAACACGCUUUCUGCUUUCGCUGAAAGGCUUAAUUCCAUACCUAUUGCUUUGCCGGAAAUGGUGUCUGCUCUGAUGUUUUACCAUAACUCCCCAACACAGGUUGUUUUCUUUUCAGGUAUUUAUCGCGGGCCCCAGUGAUGACCGGAAUACUCAACUGCUAUUGGACGAGAUCCGAACUCGGUAUCUUCCAGGCAGAUUAUUGGCUUUAGCUGACGGCAGUGGCGGUGGAUUGUUGUAUAGGCGACAUGGAAAUGCAUUGGCUAGGCUCAGGCCGAUACAUGGGAAACCAGCUGCUUACGUUUGCAGGAAUUUUGCUUGCAGAUUACCUGUUACAGAGCCAAAGGAACUAGGAGCCUCAUUGGAUGAAGGAAAUGGUUUGGACAAAUCGGCUGAGGAGGAUCCUGGCUGUAGUAAAUGAUGGUGGAGAUUGGUCUUAUAACGUGUAACAGUAUUGGUCUCCGUGAGAUUCGCUCUUGUUAUGGUUAACUAUUGUUGAAAAUACUAUGCCUUAUCUUAACUUUCUAUGACAGUAAGACGUUAAAAUCUCUAGGGUAUAUUUAAUGGUAGCUUGUAAUAUACCUAGUAUUUAGAAAAUAAAUAACUAAGUAAUUAGUUGAUUUACAUAUAACAUGCGGCUCCGUUUAUUUCUUAAUCAAGAUGGAUAUUUUUAUCGAUCAAAAAUGCAUCAUUAUAUACCAUUUAGGACGUUUUACAACUGGUCGUUUUUGCCGACGAAAACGUUUACCGCUUUUAAGCAUGCGGACAUCUAAAUAAUUAAUAUAGCAAGUCCAUACUGUUAAACUUGCUAACAACUUUGCAUUUGGUCGCUUUUCCAACUGUCCAGUUUUGAAAUUACCAUACCUGUAUUUAUCUCUAGUACAGCCGUCGUUACUUCCUUCAAUGCAGCAUCAUUUUUACUUUUAUAUAUUACCCGUAAAUUUCAACAAAAUAGAUUUUCCGUUUUAUUAAGAAAGCCGUAAAAGUUUCUGUGUCUCUGUCACGCGAACCACGAAAAGCCGUUAGUUCAUGUCGCAGUCGUCGUUAAAUUUUUAUUCGGCCGAAAUUUAGUGAACCUAUAAAUCCUUUCUUGGGCAACUGGAAAACCCUCAUUUCCACCUCAACUGAAUCAAAUGAGAAGCCGAGCACAAUUCUUUUCUCGUAAUGGUAAUACCGCACUUUGUGAUACAAAUUCUGAAUGUAAGACUUUCUAUGUGAAAAAAACAAUGAUAUUUUCCUAUUAUAUAUCUAAUAACAUACCCGCUGUUCGUUGCUGUUAGGUUACCAAUGAAACAUUUCACAUCUUUUGGACAAACAACAUCGUUCUAUUAUGAUUCAUAAGGUCAUAAUGUUGAAUGAUUCGUAAGUUGAAGUAUUUUGAUUUGUCCACACUGGUGAGCCAGCAUCUUUUAUUACAUUAUUAUAUGUAUAUCUAGAUCUUAAGAGGAUUGUGAUACUUUUGUUUGUGAGUGAUAAUAUUGAGAUACAAUUAUUGUAAAUUCUGUACGUAUAUGAUUUCAAUAUUUAAUAAAAGUUACUGCUAAAGUA